AUGCGCCUCUCCCGACAUCUACUCGCGGAGUUGCAAUCCCCAUCUAAAUCACCCCAAAACUACAAAUACAGAUACUCGUGGCUCAAGACCCUGAAAGUGACCCAAUUGACCGAUCUCGCCCAAGCAACUGGCAUCCGGUCCGCGGGUCCAAAACCGGCUCUGUGCGAGAGAUUGGAUCGUGAGUUGAGGAGAUGGGAUCGGUGUGCCUCAAUCCGAGUCGCGGACCAGGGUUGUGUUGGUUCUAAGGGUAGUGAUAAGGAUGAUAGCGUUGUUGAUGGGUUGGGGUCUUGGGGAUCCGGUCUGAAGACCCGGUCUACGAUGGAUGUGGACUUUCGUCGAGGAUUGAGUAUCUUGAGUCUUGAUAUGGGGAUUAGGAAUUUGGCGUAUGCGCAUCUUGUUGUGCCCGCGGUGGAAAUGGAUUAUAGGCAGCAGGGUAGACGGGGUUCGAAGCAGAUGCAGAAGCAGGAGAUGGAGAUGGAGAAGAAGGGUACGGAGGUAGAGGCAGAAUAUCCGCUUCCUAUAUUGAAUGCAUGGCGUCGGAUUGACGUAUCGCGGCUUCCGAGUGACUUUGCGUCUUUGUCGGAUGUGGCGACGACAUCAACAGGCACGGCAGAGAUGAAGAAGGGAAAGAAGAUGAAGGAUACCAACAAGUCACUGCCCAGCAGCCUCGUGGACAUCUCCUCUUCGAGUCUCGUGGAUCAUGCGGCCAGAAAAGACGAAGAAGCUACCGAUGAAAGCAGCAGCAACAUUGAUAUUCCCACACCCAUCGAAGACGAGGAAUUCUACCCCCUCGCACUCGCACCCCGCGCAUAUACCAUCGUCACGGCGCUCCUGGACGCCUACAAGCCGACACACGUGCUCAUCGAGCGCCAGCGCACCCGCAGCCAAAAUGGCUCGUCGGUUCUCGAGUCGACGCUCCGCGUCGGCGUCUUCGAGGGCAUGCUCUAUUCGAUUUUCCUGACGCUGGCAAGGGAACGACCCGGGAUGAUGGCGCCGGUGGUGCUGCCGGUGGAACCGCAGCGGGUGGCACGGUUUUUGGCGCAGAAGAGUGAGGAGGGCGUACAGGGGUAUCGGAUUGAAGGUGUCGCCAACGGGGGAGAAGAGGGGGUGGCUGGUAUAGAAGAUGGAAAGGGAACGGAGAGUACAGAUGAGAAAGAGAACGAGAAGCGAAAGCGGAAAGGGGAGAAGGGCAAAGAGAAAGAGGAGAAGACGCCAGAAACCCUCCCUCUUCCAGAGAAAACGAAAACACCAAAACUAAACAAUCGACAAACGAAGAUCAUGAAAAUCGACCUAGCGGGCUUAUGGUUGGCCUCUACUCAUCCAUCCCAUCACUCGGAAUCCCAUGCAUCCUCCACCGCCGACAAACCCACCAUCUUCACCCCCCAACCCAAGCUAGGAAUCGCCCCAAACGACCUCCUACACCGCUGGAUCGACGCAUAUCUGAACAAAUGGGCAGGUCUCGACAAGGGCACCUCCUCUCGUCGACGAUCUCCGAAACGCAAGGCCCUGAAUAAGAAGACGCUGCACGAGGACGAGGUAUUGCGCGAGGUUCCGAAAUUGGAUGAUCUGGCGGACUCGCUUGUCCAGGGGGUCACUUGGCUGGAUUGGAUGAGGAUGAGGGAUCGUGUGGCGCGCGAGGGAGAGAGUACGUUGGCGCUCAACGAUGGGAAGUCUAGGAAGAAAGAGUAG